UCAAAAAUGAUAUAAAGCACGCCAAUAUUGAUAUUUCUUACUGUUUUGAACUGGCACUAGACAAGAAAAAAUGGCUGAUGCUUGUGGAAAAAUGUGCUGCGCUUGCGUAGUUGUUCUUACUGAGAUUAUGUUCUAACAAUAUUAAGAGAGCAUGUCUGAGAAUACCCAAGUAUGUGGGCAAGUAGAUCUCUCCGAUUUCGCUCAAAAUUUGCAGGUAUGUUCCCUUUGGGGUGUAGAUCGAUUGCGCUAAGCCCUGGAAAAAAGUUUCUGAAGGGAACCUUGAAACUUGCAUAUCCCUCGAAAAUGGCCACAAUAUCACACUAUUUUUGGGUCUACAAACGAGUCACGCCACAGCAUAUACUAACACGCUACGAACAAAACUCCAUCAAUCCAACAUUGCCUCACCUUAGAAGAGUUCCUGGAGCAGUACCGCUUAGCCACGCCAGGAUCCCAGAAUACGAGGGCCAUCACCCCUGACGCCACAAAUGAUCGUCUUGAGAAUAGCUAAUUUACAAGCGCUGGCAAAACAGCCAGCUACGUCCUCAAUUGGCAAGAACUAUACACCGGCAGAUAGUAGAACACCUCUUCUAGCGCUGAUGACAUGUCGAGUCGCUAGUGUACUGGUGCAAAACAGUGACCUCAGUCUGUGAUCUCCAAAUAAAUAAUCGUAUGACCACGUGAUAGAUAGCAAUACCAGCUUAGAAGUAGCAAAUUCGGCUUUGAGAGCUAGAGGGAUUCUGGAAAUACCAUAGCUAUGUGGACUGUUGAAGCUGUAUGAUGCGGCAAAGGAAAGGCACUGAACUGUGCAAUAUGUUAGCAGUAAAGUGCAUCAUGGAUGCAAGCAGCCGAAAGCUUAUCGAUGCUUGUGGCACCCUAUGUUCUCCAGUACCAGGUGAGCCAGCUCUCACACUGAUGUCAACAUCAACCAGCGUGAGGGUCGUCAUGAUAUCCACUUCAACAUUCUGGAGAACCGCACAAUACUGCGUUGGCUUCGGCGUCACGAGUACAGGUGAUUUUCAGAGCAUUCCUGCUGCUCUGCUGCCAACAGCUGUUAGCAAGUGUGAACAUAAGGGUGUAUUUGAGUUCCAAAAUGUUCAGGAGUUUGUUAUCUACAGCAUCACCGGAUGGGUGAAAAAUGGAAGAGGCGACGAUGGUGCCACUCGCCUGCAUUAUAUCACAACUCCGCAGGGAGUUCCGAGUCAAGCUCCUCCUAAUCUCACUGUUACUGACAUCACGGACACAUCUGCUAAGCUACAGUGGAACGCGAUACCCCUACUCGAACAGAAUGGAGUAAUCAUAUCAUACCACGUGAACGUUACUGCUAUCUUUUCUAUGCGCGAGGUCUCAAGUCGAACAUUCACUGCCCCUGCCCGUAGUGGAAAAAUAGCACAGUUGAAGCCAUACACGACAUAUGAGGUGAUCAUUAGUGCUGCUACUCGUAUUGGCACAGGGAGUUUCUCCCACCCGACAUCAUUCCAAACUCAGGAAGCAGUACCCGGGCCGCCAAAUGUAACACUCAACGCUACGUCAACCAGUGUCACUGUUCAUAUUACAUCUCAGUCACCGUUUUGGAGUGUUGCGAAAUAUUGCGCAACAAUCCUUCCGACAAUAACAGGCACUUUGCAACCUAUACCAGCCAGUCUUCGCCGCGAGGAUAAGUGCUCAUCCGUUGGCUCGAUUCACUUUCACAACCUUGAGGAAUAUGUGGUCUAUGCCACCAGAUCCAAAGUGCAGAAUGGACAAAAAGAUUACAGUGGUGAAACAGAGAAGUCAAUCACAACUUCUGAAAGUGCUCCCGGCAUUCCUCCUGCAAAUCUAAACGUAACUGCCGUUGCCAAUACGUCGGUGAGGCUGCAGUGGGACCCCAUUCCUCUCCUGGAUCAAAAUGGAGAAAUACAACUGUACAACAUCACUAUCACUUCACUAUAUCCAGUGACCGAAGUGAGAGACCACACCGUCAAAGCGCCUGCCCUGACAGCAGUUAUCGACUAUUUGCAACCGUUCACAAACUACACCGCUGUCGUUGCGGCUGCCACGGAUGCAGGUCUUGGAAACUUCUCCCGUCCACAGUCAUUUCAGACUAAGCAGGCAGUACCAAGCACGGCUCCUGACAAUCUACAGAUAUCGUACAGCAACUCGUCUUCUCUCAACUUUCGAUGGUCACCACUGAGCCUGCGGCUGUUGAACGGUGAAUUUCUAACCUAUCUGGUCAAGCUAACACUGAAGGAGCAGACCAUCCUCACUAUGAACUCAACGGAACCGCACAUCAGCAUCGACAACCUGGACUAUGGCACUUCCUAUGGUAUCGAGGUAGCAGCUGUAUCGACUGGUGGUCUCGGUGCCUACUCGCAAUCUUACAACGUGACUACAACUCAAGAGGUUCCUGGCAAGCCAAGUGCAAACUUCACAUCCACAUCCUCGACAAUCACAGGGGAAGUGCGGGUGGAACAGGGUCGCUUCAGGGUGUCACGAUUCUGUACAGAGGCCACACUGACUCCAUCCGGUUCAUCCAGACCAGGUCAACCCAGAUUAGAAUGCAGCCCAAAGCCCACAAUCACAUUGAAGGGACUGCAAGCUGAUGCAGUCUACACCUUGGUAGUGUACGUCAACAACACCGAUGGCCAAAGAAGUCCACUGUCUCCUAUCUACACAGCCAAGACUCUGCGUACUGACACUUCCACCCUAACCUUGAUUGUGGGAAUCGGAUCAUCCAUACUUGGGCUUACGGUUCUGCCUCUCAUUAUCAUCAUUAUAAGACGAAAGCGCGGUAAGAAACCCAAGUACACACCUGAAGACCACGGAUCAGUUUUGCGUGGAGCUCCGCUCAUUCCCAUUAGUAAACUGAGCACAACAACGGCCGUUGACAUAUGCGGGCCGGCGGCAGAGCGAGAGACGGUACUCACUACCAACGCGGCAUAUGGUGCAUUGGUAGCUCCUCCGAGUUCAACCUCAGAUCCUAAUGUUGAUUUCAGUGAUGGAGACACUCAAACAGCCAAGGCGGCUGCAAUGUUUGAGCCAGAUUAUGCCGUAAUCCCACCAAGCCGCCAGCCCCGAGCAAUCCACACUCCCGAAGGAGAGUAUGAUCCUGUCGAAGGCUGUGUCGUCGUUUAUGAGGAACUGCCCAUCGACUGUAUGCCGUCGGAAACAGUUUCGUGAGUGACGGUAAAAGUAUCUGCAAGUGCAAAUAACUGCUUAAGGUAUAGAGGUUAUGUGAAUGAUGUCACACUGGUGAGUCCGCGGAAUCACGUAUGGGCGCUAAGUAUGCAGCAUAAGUCAACGGAACCGCUUAUGGGUAUCAUGUAUAUAGCGUGAGCUGCUAAUCGCCUUAGCACCUCGACUGAUGAUCUAAUCGCGUAACCGCUAUUAGACUGCACAGCACAUUCAGCGAUAAUGCUUCCUGGUUCCAAGGCUUCAUCUCUAAACCAUCAUUCACCGCCAGUUCCUGUUCAGUCCUCGCUGCGUGAACCCACAUCCGCUGUCGAUCUCAGUCCUUGCUACUAUGUUAUUCUCAUUCUAAACAAUCCACCCACCGUCAGUCACUGUUACCUGCUGUGAAUUGUUCUCACCCUAAACAAUCCACCCACAGUCAGUCACCGUUACCUGCUGUGUAUUGUUCUUACUCUGAACAAUCCGCCCACAGUCAGUCACUGCUACCUGCUGUGUGCUGUUCUUACUCUGAACCAGCACUUGUCAAUAUACAGGCGUCCCUAUUUAAUCCAGGACUUUUUAAACCAGCACCCCCUAUAAACCAGCACAAUUUUCAGUCACCAAAAUGUCCUCUUCGUGCACAUUGCAGCAGAGAAUCAGAUUUGUUAAUUCAGCACACUCCCUAAUCCAGCAAUAAUUUCAGGAAAUAAUUUCCCUAUCACAAAUGGUGCGGGAUUAUAAAGGGACUGGUGCACAUGUAGCAAUAUCUUCCUCUACACUUCUUCCGGCCGGUGAGUGAUUAAUACUAGAACAUUGUACAAGAAAAUGAUUUACGUCACAGGGCCAAUACCCUAGUAAAGAUCUGCUGCUCGCAAACCUGUUUUGCGCUGUGUUCCACAGUACUUGCUCCGCCCAAAUACUGCCUUAUAAUAUUGGUCCCUGGAUACGUCUGCGCGUGAGUGCAAUGUUUAAUCAACAUGCAUGAUUCGAGGAAGGCAAGUCCACGUAACCGUUCCGUAGCUUUGUAGUUUUUCCACUUUGUGUAAGCUGCCAGGGACCAGUACAACGCUUCUCACUAUACUACAGAAACUAUACAAUCUACAUACCGUAAAUAUACAAAUUUUCGGCAGCUAUUUAAUUUCGGCUAUAUUCGGCACCGACCCAAAACGCCUAAAUUAAAACGCCGAUGAAAUUUUUCACAGCAUCUGUCGCACUAUACCUGUAUACCAUGCCCUCUACCCCACGCCGAAAAUAAAUCGCCGCCGAAAUGUCAAAAAUCGUGAAGUGCCGAAAUUUUGCAGCGCCGAAAUUUUGUAUAUUUACAGUACAUCACAUGCCACUGAAUCCUGGAGAUGCUUCCUUGCUUGGCUGGUGACUUGUAGCAGUGAAUUUUACACAGCAGAUGCACGUGUGAGGUUGGCUGACCUAUGUUUUCGCAUGCUGCUGUGUAUAGCCUGCGCAUUGGACCCACCUGUGCUAAAAUUUGUUAAGGAAGCGAAAAUUCUGCCUCAGAGCUGCGUGAUUUUGUUCAAUUUCUCUCCUAAAAUUAUAUUAGUCCUUUUAACAUUAUCUUCUGUCUGCCCUAAAUCUCUGCAGCACCUACAAUCUUUCAAAGUCAUUGCAGCUGAAGCCGAUUUCUGAACAACUUUCGCCGAGAGCAUGUCUCAUUUGUUAGGUUCACCUUUGACUGAUGCUGGGCUGGUCAUACCUCUGUGUAAUCAACAGCUACAUACGUAUAUCUAGUCAAAUCUGGUGCUACUUUCUGAAACACAAACUGGCAGGAUUUUGACUGAGGAGCUGCUGUCCAAGAUUUGUUUACAGACAGCAGCUCCGUGUCAGGUGAAGCUGAC